AUGACGGUCGCGGGGGCUUUUGACCAAGCUGUCAAAGGUGUUGAUGCUGUUCUUCAUAUUGCGAGUCCUUUCACACUCAAUGUGAAGGACAAUGAGACUGAGCUACUAGUACCGGCGAUCGCGAUGACCAAAGGCCUUCUGGAAUCUGCUUCCAUGUAUGGCACGGAAAUUAAGAGAGUCGUCAUUACAUCCUCCUUCGCUGCCAUGGUCGACCUCACAAAGGGAUUGUGGCCCGGCCAUACGUAUAAUGAGGCGGACUGGAACCAAGUCACCUACGAUUAUGCCAAAACUGCCGACACCGGUACCGCAUACGUUGCAUCCAAGGCUUUAGCUGAAAAAGCUGCCUGGAGCUUCGUCCAGGAUCGGAAGCCGCAUUUCGACAUUACUGUUCUCUGCCCCCCAAUGGUCUUUGGUCCUCCCGCACAUCCCCUGUCGUUCUCAGCGCUGAACAUUGCCGCGUGGGAUAUCAAUCGAUUUCUCUCCGGAGAGCUCCAAGAUGUACCCGACACAGACUUCUGGGGCUUCGUUGAUGUUCGGGAUCUUGCAACGUCGCACGUCCGCGCUCUUGAGGUUCCUGAUGCUGGCAACGAGAGGUUUUUGAUCGCCGGUGGUCGAUACAGCUAUCAGCAAACAGCGGACGUACUGCGGGCAUCUUCGCGUAUCCCCGACGUUGAGAAGGCGAAGAUACCGCGCGGCCCCGGGGACAACUAUCCAGGCCCCAAUGUCUACGAAUUGGAUAAUUCCAAGUCAAUUCGCAUUCUGGGUGUCGAGUAUCGCUCAUUUGAGCAGUCUAUUGUUGAUUCGGCGGUCAAGGUAGUCGAAGCGAGACGCAAGGCAGGAAUUUAG